AGCAAGUAUCAUUAAAAGCCGUUCCUGGUCCUACGGCAAAAGUGCCCCUUUCAAUCAUAGGACGACACAUGAUCAGGUUGUGAACAAAAUAUAUGUUUGACGAAUCACGUACGUGUCAAGCAAUGGGUUGGUCUGAAAACCCUAUAAAUUUUCACUCACAUGUUGUGAGCUGCAGUACCAAGUUGAAAUCUCACAGUUUCGUUUCAUUUACAGAGUGUUUGCAUUCCAAAUAGAGUAUUAAAUUUACUGAUCAUGGACCAAUCCCAGAACGCAAGUUACGAAGCUGGGCAGGCCAAGUGCCAAGCUCAGGAAAAGGCAAGCGGUCUGAUGGAAAAGGCUGGCAAUACAGCUCAAAGUGCCAAGGAAUCAUGCCAAGAGGCUACUCAGCAGGUGAAGGACAAGGCGCAAGGGGCUGCUGAUUCUGCUAAGAGUGCAGUAGGAGCGAACAAAUGAAACUAAUAAUCUAUCUAGGAGCUCAUCGAUCGAUCCAGCCCUCCGCAAAUAAAAUCUCAUGCCAUAUAUUGACUUCACUUCCAUUUUCUUUCUCUUCGCACUUUCUUUAGAUCUUGCUGUCAAUGAUGUGGUUGUUAAUUUGUCCUUUGAAUUACGAAGGGAUGCUCUUUUAUAGAGUGUUUUGGAGAAGUUCAUGCACAUUAAUGUUUCCUGAUGUGCUGCAUUAACAGUUCGAAAUUCCUAUCUAUUGCAAUAAAAAAUAGACAACAUUGCAAUCCAA